CCUCUCACUCUCACAGCAGGACACCAAAGCGAGACACCAUGACUCACCACUGCACCAAGUUCUCCGGCCACUGGAAGAUCAUCGUCUUCGACGAGGAGUGCUUCCAGGGCCGCCGCCACGAGUUCACCUCCGAGUGCUGCAACGUGAUGGAGUUCGGCUUCGAGACCGUUCGCUCCCUGCGCGUGGAGAGCGGAGCCUGGGUGGGUUACGAGCACGCCUCCUACCAGGGGCAGCAGUUCGUGCUGGAGAGGGGGGAGUACCCCCAGUGCAGCGCCUUCGGGGGGAGCAACGCCUACCACAUCGAGAGGAUGACCUCCUUCAGGCCCAUCGCCUGCGCCAACCACAGAGAGUGUCGUAUGACCAUCUUUGAGCGUGAGAACUUCCUGGGCCGUAAGGGCGAGCUCAGCGACGACUACCCCUCCCUCCAGGCCAUGGGCUGGUGCAACAACGAAGUGGGCUCCCUGAAGAUCCAGUCCGGAGCGUUCGUGUGCUACCAGUACCCCGGUUACCGUGGAUACCAGUACAUCAUGGAGUGUGACCGUCACUGUGGGGACUUCAAACACUUCAGGGAGUUUGGCUCCCACUGCCAGACCCCCCAGAUCCAGUCCAUCCGCCGCAUUCAGCAGUAACAACC